UAUAUUUAUUUUCCUUCAUAUGACCUAAGUGUUUGUGAAAUGGAUAACGACAUGCUAACAGGGUUAUCUGUUAAUAUUAUUUGUUAGUAUUGCUUUGAACUCGCUGCGUCUCAGUAGUUGAUAAAAUGCGUCUCCUAAUGAUACUAUUACUCAGUGUCUCUAUUAAAGCGCGACACAUUGAAAAGGAAUGUAAAGGAAUUGUUGUAAAUGACAUACUUCAGAAAGAAGAAAUUUUAAAGGCACAUGUUAUUAGUCCUUACCAACUGGCAAUGGAUUACGAUACUAACACAUUAUUCUUCAGUUAUUCGACAGAAGAUUCUAGUGUCUUUCAAUCCGCCUAUCUUAAUUUAAAGACAAAUGAAUUCGGAAACAUACCUGGCAUUGCUGGAGGCUUUGCUAACGCAGUUGAUAAUAAGAAAAAUACUGUUUACCUUGGCGGAAGAGAUGGUAUUUAUGAAUUUAAUUACAAUACUAAAACAGCGCAACGUCUAAAUGUAACUGAUGAUAAUAUUUGGCAACUAAUUUACAAAGAUAAAUUGUACUACUCAAAGUACCCAGAAGAACACGCUUAUGUUUUUCAAAACGGUAAAUUUCAAAGAGUACCAGAAUUGAUUAACACUAGAGCCAUGCUGUUAUGUGUCGAUGAUUAUAACAAUAUUUACUUUUCGAAUUCAUCUGGUUUGUUUAUUCAUAAAAAAUCAAAUGAUGCCGUGAAUCACAUCGGAGACUUUAAUGUCAAUGGAUUCACUUAUGAUGUCCACGGUGAUAUAUAUUUCUCUACGCCAGAUGGCAUUUUCUCUAUUGACGUGGCAAAGAAAGAAGUAAAGAAUGUGGCAAAAAUCGAAAACGUCAGUGUCUAUGGUGUGGCAAUUGAUAUAACUGGAAAUAUAAUUUAUGCAUCAGAGGAUAGUAUUAUUAGACUCAAACCAACUGAAAAAAUUUGUCCUACCGAUGUUGCUACUGUCACAUUUUACUAAAUUCUCGCAACUGUUCAAACUAAGCUGUAAGAAAUUAUGUUAGCUGAGUAUUUAAGUGCACUUGCACAGCUCAAAGGUCCAAAUAAAAUCUUUUCAUUUAUACAAUUUAGUAAUGUUGAGAUAAUGAGGUCAUAGUCAUAUUAAUAAGUAAUUCAAUAUGUUAAAAUAAACGAAUGACAAUCUAAA